AUGUCCGAAACGGGCCUGCCGCCGUACCGCGCCAAGACGGCCACGGUGGCGCAGAUCCCCGUGACGGUGAUGAACGUGUCGUUUGUUGGCGAGCCCGGCUGCGAGAUCCACACAACUGCCGAGCACGGCCAGCGCCUCUGGGAUCUGCUGUGGCACGCCGGUCAGGCCCACGGCGUCGUGGCCGCGGGGCGGGCCGCCUUGAACGCGCUGCGGCUCGAGGCUGGAUUCCGCAGUUACGGCGCUGAUGUCACGACCGAGCACAAUCCGCUCGAGGCUGGUUUGGCGCUCGCCGUCGACGCGGACAAGACGGGCUACGUCGGAUACGAGGCCCUCAGACGGCUCUCGACUGUGAAGCCAUCUCGGCGACUGCGGUGCUUCACUGUCGAUGAUGGCCAAUCGGUGGUCCUAGGAAAGGAACCGGUCUAUGCUGGCGGCAAAGUGGCCGGCUAUGUGACGAAUGCGGCUUUUGGGUUUACUGUUAGGAAGCCCAUCGCCUAUGGCUACCUGCCGAUCGAGGUGAAUGUCGGGGACGGCGUCGAAAUUGAGUAUUUUGGGCGUCGAAUCAAAGCCACAGUCGUGGCGGAACCUUUGCAUCAGCAAGGCACGAUCAGGACGGAAAUCGGGUUGCAGAGGGACGAACAGGCACAGCCCGUGCUGAGGUCUCGAUUAUGA